GGUAAGACAUGCACCACUAGGCAAGGAAGUCAGAGAUAAAUGAUGUAUAUAUCAGCCAUCUUGAAUUGUAGAGGAAUUCUCUUAUAAGGCUAACAAGUUGUCUGGUAAUGGACCCCCGUCGUAGUGCCCAGGAUGUGUUACGGUGUCAGCUCUGUGCGUCGCCGGGACCCCCUAUGUACUGUGACAUUUGUCACAUACAUCUGUGUAAGAGCUGUGUGGGGGAACAUCUCUCCGAUUUUAACACAGAACACAAAAUCGUGCCAUUUGGAAAGCGGGGAUCUACUACUCCAUGUUCAAAACAUUCCUCAAAACUAUGUGAGCUUUACUGUGAACAAUGCGACAGUCCUAUUUGUGUACAUUGUGCUUCUUCUAAAGAACACCAAGGUCAUAAAUUUGUUGACAUUUUGAAAACACUAGAACUCCAUAAAGCAGUCAUACAGAAAGAUUUAGAAGAAUUAGAGGGCUCCAUAUAUCCUAAAUAUCAGAAAAUUGUAUCUGACAUCCCAGUUCAAAAAGAUGAUUUGAGUAAAAACUCACUGGAAGUUUCCACAUCUAUCAACAAACACGGAGAAGACCUGCACAGAGUAAUAAAUGUGGUCGUAAAGAAACUGAAAGAUGAUCUCGGUGAAAUGGACUCCAAAUACCUGGCUGUCCUAGAAAAACAUGAAGACGAAAUUAUGCACACAAUUUCUGAUAUAACACUAGGCAUUGCAGAUCUAAAGAAAUUACUGGUCUGCCAUGAUUUAAACCUUGUCUCUGCCUACAAAUCCAGGAACGCUGAAUUCAGAAGACUGCCUCCUAAACUGACUGUUACCUUACCAAGUUUUGCCCCUCAGAAGAUAAACAAAGAACUGAUUUACAAACAGUUUGGUUUCUUGAAAUCGUUGUCCAUCGAAACAGAAGAACAUGGCUACACAUUAGAUUUUCCUAAUGCGGAGCACUUUCCCUCGAAUAGACCGUUCAUGGACACUCCUCAGAUUAUCGCUGAGAUAACCACUGAUUAUUAUACCCGGAAUGUGUCCUGUCUGAGUGAUGAAGACAUCUGUAUAAGUGGUAGCAACAACAUUAUGAGAUUGUACAACCUACGACGGGGACUUGUGAAGUCAGUGCAAACCAAGUCAGGGAACGCGCCAAAUGACAUAGCAGUGACAAGGAGUGGGAAUAUAGUUUAUACUGACAAAGUUGAUAAAACUGUUAAUGUUGUAGACAAUAAAGUGAUCAGACUUUCGGGAUGGAGACCUUUGGGUGUCUGUACUUCCUCCGCCGGUGAUCUUCUAGUUACCAUGGUAGGCGAUAAUGAGAAACAACAAACAAAAGUUGUGCGUUACUCUAACUUCAGAGAGAAACAAUGUAUUCAGUUUAAUGAUGAUGGACAAAAUCUUUAUUCAUCAGGCGAGAGUACCAAAUAUAUCAGUGAGAACAGGAACCUUGAUAUCUGUGUAUCUGACUAUGGAGCCCAUGCAGUCGUUGUGGUCAAUCAAGCCGGGAAACUCCGGUUUACCUACACUGGUCCUCCCUCUACUCUUAAGGAAUCAUUCUAUCCCCAAGGUAUUGCUACAGACAGCCAGAGUCGGAUUCUGACAGCAGACCAUGACAAUAACCGUAUCCACAUCCUGGAUCAAGACGGACAGUUCCUCCGCUACAUUGAGAUUUGUAAUUUACAGCGUCCAUACGGUUUAUGUGUGGACACCAAAGACAACCUGUUUGUGGCCGAGUUCAAAACUGGUAAUGUGAAAAAAAUACGAUACUACCUGUAAAUAAACACUGUCUCAAACUCUUUAUGUGAAGAAUACUAAUGUGUAUAAACUGAAUAUGUCUGUAAAUAGCAUAAAUUGGUAAAACAGUAAUGUCUGUGUUGAAUUUUAUUUUCACGCAUUACAUAAAAAAAUAGAUUCAAUAAAGAAUUGUUACAACUC